UAGGCUUUUGUAGCCUCUCGAAUGACUCUCAAGAGUCAACAAUGACUCCCCAAAUGGAGGUUAAUUUACUGCAUGACUAACAUUCGACUUGCAGUCCAUGAGAAGGGUAUAAAGAGCCCGUAUUCCAAGGACCCGUCUGACUGGAUUGGAUCAUUUCCUGUGAACUCCAUGCAGUGAGUCUCCGCUCGCCGCGUCGCCUUCUGACAAUUCCAAUUGGCGUCCCGUUUCGUCACACCUUGCAUCCCGUUAUCCAGCACCCCUUGAUGAUGGCUUUCCGCGCUUCCCUACGGGCUGCUGCCGCCGCUCACCCGGCUGUCGCCCGGUUCUACUCGCAGGCAGCGGCCGUGCCGACAUCGAGUUCCUCGUUUAUUACCGCCUCACAGAUCCAGAGGGACGCGGCGCUGCCGAACCCGGAUCCGGCUGAGGACUCGGCCAGCGCCGCCCUUGUCCGCGAGCAUGCGCCCUUCAUGGUCGCCACCUACUCGCGCCCACCUCCCGUAUUUGUCAAGGGAGAGGGCUCUUACCUGUACGAUAUCGACAACAGAAAGUACCUCGACUUCACUGCAGGCAUCGCUGUCAACUCGCUUGGACAUUGCGACCCUGGGAUAUCCAGGUUGAUCGCCCAGCAGGCCAAAACCCUCAUGCACGCCUCCAAUCUGUACUACAACCCCUGGACCGGCGCCCUCUCCAAGCUCCUCAUCGAGAAGACGCUCGCCUCGGGUGGCAUGCACGACGCAACGUCCGUCUUCAUCUGCAACUCCGGCAGCGAAGCCAACGAAGCCGGCAUCAAGUUCGCGCGCAAGGUGGGCAAGGUGCUCGACCCGUCGGGGGCCAAGCACGAGAUCGUGUCGUUCGGCAACGCCUUCCACGGCCGCACGAUGGGCUCGCUCUCUGCCACGCCCAACCCCAAGUACCAAGCGCCCUUCUCGCCCAUGGUCCCGGGCUUCCGCGUGGGCGAGCUGAACGACGUCGCCGCGCUGCCGUCGCUCGUCACGCCCGCCACCUGCUCCGUCAUCGUCGAGCCUAUCCAGGGCGAGGGCGGCGUGACGCCGGCCUCGGACGACUUUCUGCUCGCGCUGGCCAAGCGCUGCCGCGAGGUCGGCGCGCUCCUGCACUACGACGAGAUCCAGUGCGGCCUGUCGCGCACGGGCUCCUUCUGGGCCCACAGCCGCCUGCCCAGGGAGGCGCACCCGGACAUCCUGACCACGGCCAAGGCGCUGGGCAACGGCUUCCCCAUCGGCGCGACCAUCGUCAACGCCCGCGUGACCGAGAACAUCAAGAUCGGCGACCACGGGACCACGUUCGGCGGGAACCCGCUCGCCUGUCGGUUGGGGCAUCACAUCGUCGAGAGGCUGGCCGAUCCGGCGCUGCAGGCCGAGGUGGUGCGGAAGGGGGAGCUGUUCAGGCGCGGGUUUGAAGGGCUGAGGGAGGGCUACCCGGCGCUGGUGCGGGAGGUGAGGGGCAGGGGGUUGAUCUUGGGCUUGCAGCUGAGCGAGGACCCGGGGCCGAUUGUGAAAGCGGCCCGGGAGAGGGGUCUGUUGGUCAUCACGGCGGGGACCAACACGUUGAGGUUCGUGCCGAGCUUGGUGAUGAGCGACGACGAGAUCCGGGAAGGGUUGGCUAUCUUGGAGGAGGCAAUUCGUGUCACCAGGCAGUAGAAGGGAUCGAGUCAGCGGGGUUCGGCAGGGUGCAAGGGGUACAUGAAAAUGGUAUCGAUCUUGUGGUUUGGUUCGCUUGUAGAGUAUGGGUGUUCAACUGUUCUGAACAGUGUAAGUGUGGGUUGGGAGAGCUUGGAAUCUGCAAGACUUGGGUUGUGAUUCCCCACGUUAGAGAUAUAGUUCACUGCUGGUACACAGCUAUUCACCUACUGUUCAGGCGUGGUACAUAUCCACACAUGUACAGACAUUUACCCCUUC